AUGCAGCAGGAAUCUGACCGUCACAACAGAUAUGGCCAUCAACCUCAGAAAGAAGCUCAGGUAGUUUCGCAAACUGCAAGGCAAGCUUCGAUGGAACGCCGAAUGCAGAAAGUUGCUGAAUUUACUACAGUGAUAGCACUCUACAAGGAAAUGGAGAACAUUAGUAAAGAAAAAGCGCUCAUGGGACUCCCGCUACUACUAAAAGACGUCGCAGCCACCUGGUGGCAAGGUAUAAAAAGCGAGGUAAGCACGUUUACAGAAGCAAUAGUGCUAAUAAAAUCCUCAUUUGCACCUCAGAGACCAGCCUACGCAAUCUAUUUAGAGAUUUUAAACUUACGACAGGACCGUAGCACGCCGACAUUCGUAUGUAAGAAGAGGGCUCUAUUUGCCGAGAUUCCUCCGCCUGGAGCCAAUUGGACAUGA